UCUCUGUCGUUCUACAAAAGGCAGCUAUCUGGUGGUCCCGUUUGCAUUAUUUUUUUAAUCUAAAUCUAAUCCAACAGGCAGAGAUUUGUUCACGAACAUAUCUACGAUAAAAACGGCUCCAUCAGAUCUUUGCUGUCUUCCAACCCUAUCUCAAGCCUCUUCCCAUUCCUCUUCCUAAAUCCUAAUAAAACUCUUAUCUUAUUCUUCAAACCCCAAAAACAAUGGCAACCUCACUUAAUACAAAUCUUCAACAUCGCUCUCUCAGUUGUGGGACUAAGAUUUACGCUGGGUUGAAGCUUCAAUCUCCCUGUUUGUUUGCGACUGGGAAACCAAGCUUAAAUGCAGACUUCUUUAGCAGAGUUAAUAAGAGCCUCCAACGCGGAAGACGAAACUGUAAUCCAACAAUGGAACGAGUUGUGAUGAUGCCUAUGGGAACUCCCAAAGUUCCCUAUAGAGCCCCUGGUCAAGAAACUUGGCAGUGGGUUGAUAUAUGGAAUGCCCUAUAUCGAGAGCGAGUUGUCUUCAUUACAGAGCAUAUAGAUGAGGAAUUUAGCAACCAAGUAUUGGCAACAAUGUUAUACCUUGAUUCUAUUGAUAACAAUAACAGGCUUUACUUGUACAUUAAUGGUCCUGGCGGAGAUAUUUAUCCAAGCUUGUCUCUCUAUGACACCGUGAAAAGCUUGAAGACUCCUAUCGGCACCCACUGUUUAGGCUAUGCCUUCAAUCUAGCAAGCUUCCUUCUUGCAGCUGGGGAAAAGGGUUACCGCUCUGCAAUGCCUCUUUCAAGAAUUUCUCUGGAGCCUCCAGCUGGUGCAGCUCGUGGUCAGGCUGAUGAUAUCAGUAAUGAAGCAAACGAGCUUCUUAAAGUCAGAGAUUACCUUUACAGUGAGCUAGCUAAGAACACGGGCCAGUCUUUUGAGAAGAUUAAACAGGACAUAUCUAAGGUUAAACGCUUCACAGCUCAAGAGGCUGUUGAUUAUGGGCUCAUUGAUCGUAUCGUCAGACCUCGUCGUAUCAAGGAAUGAACCGGCCUUUGUUAGUGUCCUUUUGUUGUUUCUUCACCAAAUGACUGAUAUCUGUAAUAAAUUUUCGUAUGUUUCGUAUGUUUCUUAAGUGUCGUAUGUUAAUGAUCCUGAUGAAGCUUUCCUACAGAGUUAACAUUAUGAAUACAAGCUAAUCAUGUGAAGAUUUUGUAGCAAAUAUGGGUGGAUGGAUGAAAGCCCUUUUUAUUAU